GCCGAUAACAUUACCCUUUAUUUUUUACCAAGUUCCGUUCAUUUCUCCAACAUUUCAACAUUUCCCUCUCUCUCUCUCACUCACUCACUCACUCAGUCGAUUAAGCAACAUUUCAACAGUUUUGAGACUCGUCUCGCUCAAAUUACACAAACGUUACUUCAAAGGUGCCAGUACAACAACGUUCACUUCUUUUCGUUGCUGAGCCUGUCACCAGUUUGAAAGGUCAUCGCGUGCUCUGAUGAACAACAUGAUCGAUUAAGCAAUCUCUCAGACGAUUUGAUUUGUCAUAUUUUGUCUUUCCUAUCAACAAAACAGUGUUAUAGAACAUGUGUUCUAUCCACAAGAUGGGAGUCAAUCUGCACCAAGAUUCCCAACCUUCAUUUUCAAUUACCAGAGAUUUCAGACCCUGUGUUGUCCAAAGAAGAAUUCCAAUCUUUAAAUCUUGCUGUCCUAAGACGCAAUGAAAAUAUAAAAAAACUAAUGCUUGAUAGUGAGCAAGGCUGCCAACCACAUGAUGUACAAAUGUGGGUUUCAAAGGCAUCUGUAAAUUUUGUUGUCCUCAGACGCACUGAAAAUAUAAGAAAAUUAAGGCUCGAGAGCGAGAAAGGCUGCCAGCCAAAUGAUGUACACAUGUGGGUUUCAAAGGCAUUUGAUCUCAAGGUCCAGGAACUUGACUUGGAUCUGUUUCUCCAUGAAAAAAUCUUACUGCCGCUUAGGCUUUCCAUGUGUGAGUCACUCGUGGUCUUAAAAUUGCGGGGCAGAAUUCAACCAACACUCAAUUCUUCUUUUCAUGUAUAUUUACCGUCACUAAAGAUUCUUCAUCUCCGUGAAACUGUGAGGUAUUCUAUGUUUGAUGACGGUAAAGAGUAUGAUCUCAAUAAUUUUCUAUCUGGUUGUCCACAUUUAGAGGAACUUCUUUUACAUGAGACCUUUGCAUUACCGAUCAACACCUCUUUUCACUUAUUGAAGAGAUUAUUCCUUUCUUUAUAUAUGCCUACUUCUGUUAAGUGUUGUCCACUACAAAUUAAUGCCCCGUCACUUGAAGUUCUUUCAAUUGUUGAUUCUUCAUUGGCUCCUAGAAAAUAUGACUUUACAAACUUGUCCAAUCUUGAUGAAGCUGCUAUUUUCAUUUGUAAGCGUGUGGAUUUUAACAAUUUGUAUACAGUCUUGAAAGGACUUUCUAAUGUCAAAUCACUGGCUCUCGGUUCUAAAAUUUUUCAUUUUCUCAGCAUGGAGGACAAAUUUUACAACUUACAUCUUCUCACUUUUCACAAUUUAUUAUUGUUAUGGGUUGAAAUAUCUGAGAAUUGCAGUUGGAAUAUGCUCGUCAGCUUUCUACAGAAUGCUCCAAAACUUAAGCAUCUUGUAAUGGCGAGAAACAUUGAAAUCAAUUCCCGAAGAAAGGAGGUUGGAAACUCGAGUUGGGUGGAGCCAUCAAUAUCUCCGGCAUGUCUUACAAGCAGUCUCAUUACAUUUGAAUUUGUUGGAAUUCAAAACAUAAAAACUGAUCUGGACUUUACGCGAUAUAUUAUAAAUCACUCAAGUAAGUUACAGAAGGUAAAGAUUUUCACACCCAGUUCAAAGAAAAGAAGAGUAGAAAAAAGUUUACGCAAGGGGUCAAAGAAAUCCUCCGUACUAGUAUGGGAUAUUAAUUCAAUUGAAGAUCAUAUGGAUGCCUUCAAGGAUUCAAUGAACACUCGACACUUUUCAAAUCCUUUAUAUUGAUAUUGAUACAGCUCUUUUUUGAGCUGUUCUUGCCCAAUAAAUAAAUUUAAGUCAUCAAAGCUUAGUGAGUGAGUUUUAAUGAGCUUAUCCAUAAUGAAGGAGUGUUUAUUCUAUGAUGAAAUCAAAUUGUAUGCUCGAACUGCUUGUGUGGAUAUAUUCAGACACACAUUGAUUGUAUGCCAGAAAUAUUGUAUUGCCAGAAUUAUUGCGGCAACUAUGUUGUUUUGUUUAUUAAUUGUGAUGUUUGGUCA